ACUGCGUGGUGUGACUAUGGUAGUGUGACUUUGUUAGCCUCUCCGAUACAACGUGAACCAUGACGCACGCAAUAACUUUCAGGCCAAGUGGUGGCAGCUCGCAGAAAAGCAAAGCUGCUACACCUGUCCUACCUGCAAAGAGCGCUGACGUCAAGCGUUUCUUGCGCUCGCACGCCGAAAUUGUCUUGCUGCAAUGGGUCAUAUGUUGGAUGUUGCUGGCAACCGUCGCUACUGUCGUCAUGUGCGUCCUUCUUCUCAAGGCAAACAGUUAUCCUGUCCUGGACGCUGAAUCGGCUCUCACGCUGGGUCUGCACGAGAAACUCAUCAGAGAGAAGUACUCAACAAGUGAUAACAUAUCAAAGACUAUCAUCACAAGUAUCACCAACGACAGCUUGUAUGAGAUUGUCAAGUCACUUUCCCAAAUAACAGGCAGCGAGUACGAGCGACAAGUCGCCCUGUCAAGCCUUAUUAACGAGCGCAUGACGUCUUAUGGCCUAGACUAUACUACCAUGGUGUCCUACAACGUCUUAAUGAGUAGGCCUGAUCCCGAAAAAGAAAACCAGGUACAACUGUACAAGAAUGAUGUGGUGGCCAUGACUGCAGCAACGAAGGGAGUACCAUCAGCUAAGACCGAAAUGGCCAGAGGACACGCCUACAACGCCUAUGCUGCCGCUGGUGACGUUAAGGAACCCAUCGUUUAUGUCAACUAUGGGCGCCUAUCAGACUUCAACUAUCUGAGGACAAAGGGAAUCUCCGUCCAGGGGAAAGUUUGCAUCGCCCGACUUGGGCAAAUUUCCAGGGCUAACAAGGUAAAACAUGCCGAGAAAGAAGGCGCGGCAGCUAUUGUGUUGUUCCCGGGUCCAGCCAGCGUGGGCCCUACGACGAACGACGAACGUCCGUUUCCAGAUUCCUCGUGGGUGGGAGGCAGCGUGGCAUACGUGCACGGUGACCCGCUCACUCCCGGAUACCCUUCCAGAGAUGGAAUGCCACGACUGUCUAUAGACAGUGCGGAGUUGCCGAGGAUACCGUGCCAGCCCAUCGGGUAUGAUGACGCCAGGACGAUUUUGGGGGAACUAACGGAUGAGAAAUGCCCGGACGACUGGGUACCGCAACUUGGCGUGAUAUGCAACAUCAUUGGGUCAGACUCGGUCAAGCUUCGAGUUGAGGUGAACAAUAUACUACAGGAAAGUACAGUGACCAACAUCAUCGGGAUCAUCAACGGAACAAUUGAACGUGACCGUCUAGUCAUCGUGGGAAAUCACUUGGACGCUCAUGGUGCCGCUGAUCAUUCCCUGGGCAUAGCGCAGCUCCUUGAAGAAGCUCGUGUCUUCGGAUCGCUGCACAAGGAUGGGUGGCGUCCGCGGCGCACUGUGGUGUUCAGCCUGUGGGACGGCAACGAGGACGGCAUGCUGGGCUCCACGGAGUGGGUUGAAGACCACAUGUUCCGCCUCCAGGCCCGCGCCGUCAUAUACAUUGGCACCGAGCUACUCUCCGGUGACAAUUUCUUUCCGAGGGCGUCACCAACGAUAACCAAUUCGAUACGUCUCAUUUCUUCAUUGAUUCCUCACUACAAGAAAAGUACGGACACAUUACUGGCCAUCUGGUCAUCACAGCGUGGAGUGCCACGAGGUAGUCAUGACAUGCCCAUGUCACUGCCUGUUAUCGGACGGUCGGAUGAUGCUCCCUUCGUCUUCGGCGGUGGUGUGCCCACUGCCUCCAUAUCGUUCGCUCAUAACUACAACGGAACGGCAGCGGGAUACGACGCAUUUCAGAUGGUAGCAAAAUUCCCGGAUCCAGGCCUUCACGUGAGCCGGAUGUCUGCACAGCUGGUAGCGUCUCUCGCACGAAUGUGGGCUGACCGAAAGAUGCUGCCCUACGGCAUACACGAACUGGCAUUCACCCUGCGCGCCGGGCUGGAUGACUUUACUGCACGGCACGAGACCGCAAUUAAGAACAACAAACUGGACUUGAGCGCCCCAAAGAAAGCUGCGGCCGAGUUUGCAAUGACGGCGAAGCGGUUCACCAAAUGGACAAAGUCCAUUGACCGCCGCAACCCAAUUAUGACGCGUAUCGCCAACGACAACAUGAUGAGAGUUGAGAAGAUUUUCAUCAUGCCUGGUGGAAUUCCUACAAGGCCGAUAACGAUGAGGAACCUAGUGUACUCCCCGGAAGGACAGCUCUUUCCAGGCCUAGAGGAUGCAAUCAACCAGAACCCGCUGGAUCGCCAAGCGUUUGGGCUGCAGACAGCGUUACUAGCUGACAUCCUGUGCCAGGCCAAGGACUAUCUCAUGGUCACGCCAGCUUGACGUCCACCAAUAAACACAGUCUCUCUAUA